GUGUGUGUGUGUGUGUGUGUGUGGCGUGCGUCGUUAAUUGCUCAGCAUGGCAACAACAGGUGGCAACCCACUGCCUAGGACUAAGCUCCCUGUUGACAGCGUUGCCCAAUUGUUGCAACGCACGCAAAUUCGCAGAACUUUAAUUGCCGUUGUGUUUGCGUGUGUUUGAGUGUGCUUGCGUGUGUUUUUGUGUGUGUGUGUGUGUAGGGGGCGUGUGACCCGCAAUUAGUAAAUCUAACAGUUCCAAGAAUCGAUUCACUGCAGCCAAAAUUAAUUGGCUGCCCCUCAGCAAACAAAACAAAAGCCACAAAAAAUAAUAACAAGAAACAAAAAAAGAAUACGGAAUCCCAAGCAAAAAGCAAAAAAAAAAUACACUUUAAAAGCCGCCGCAGUGCGCUGCCAAAAAUAAUUUCUUUUUGCCGAUAUUCGGACAGCUAAAGAAGUUGUCACAGGCAGCAACAACAACAACAACAGCAACAACCACAGCAACGACGUGUGUCAAAGUUAACAGCUACUAAACUUAAUAGUGAAAUAUUCAAAAAAAUUUUACGAAAUAUAAACAAAAAUAAAUAAUUAAAAUGCGACGGCAACGUCUUGCAAUUCUGCUGCUGCUGCUCUGCUCAACGCAGUUGCAGGCAGAGAUUGCCCACACAUCGUUGGCCAUCAAUCGUUUAGGCCAGGAGCCAUUGGAGUCAUCACAGGAGUCGCAUGUCCUGCCGUCCAGCUGCCCGCAACGUGUGGCAUACGAGAAAAUGCUGAGCAGCAUUGAUGAUGUCGAGGAUCUGUAUGUGGAUGUGCCCGUUCACAUUGCACUCGAGCAGCGGCAGAAGAAACGAUUUGUGUUGAAAUUAAACAACUCAACGCCGCUGACGAUUCUGUUCUCAUUGCCCGUGGCACGUCAGCUCUACUACAAUCAGACAGCGAACGUCUUGCGUCUGGCAUCGCCGGUUAAGGGAACUGGAUCUGGACCUGGCAUCGCCAUGGGCAGAUUGAUCCUCCCCUGCGCCCUCCGCGGCCAAUACGAUCUCUUUGUGCAGGCACGACAAGGCGGCGCUCUGAAAGUGGAGGCCCAGGCCAAGCAUCCUCAUCACACGUGGCCCCUGCUCAAUCACACACACCGCAUCGCGAUCCGUACCCAGAAUCGAGUGCGCAAGCGUCAGCUGAUUGUCAAAUGGGAGCGGAGUAAAUUUGACUACCAUGCCAUGCACUAUUGUUUGGUGGUACAACGCGUAGGUUCCACCACCAGCAGCUCCAGCAAUGACUUUGCCAGCUUCUGUGAGGCAAUCUAUGCCUACACGCGGCAACAACAGACGCACUCUCGGGCUGCUGCCGGUCCCUGUUCGGGCGCCAAUAGUCUCUUCGACUUGGUCUGGUCACGGGCGCCGAAACGGGCGCGUCAUCUGAAUCCGCGUCAUAAUCUGCACAUUGUGUGCACGGGAGCGAGGACACAGCAACAGUUGCGUGGUCUGCAGCCCAACAGCAGCUACAGAUUGCAGCUCUUUGGGGUACAUCAGCGACUCCAGAAUCUGACGUUGCCCUUGGCCAGCACACAGGUGCAUUUCAAUCGCACGCAUCCAACAGCACUAAGGGAGCAGGCGUUAUCUCUGCUCAAGAUCGGUGGACUACAUGGUGUGCAGGUGUAUAGCUUCAAGGUGCCGGCGACCACGCCCCCGCCUCGCUUUAUGCGAUACCUGUUGUUGCCUUGCGCCGGCAGCGAGAUACGUGUGAAGCUGCUGCGCCAUCACGAUGUGGUGGCCAAAGUGGGCAACAUCUAUUUGCCCACCUACAUUAAGCAGGAGGGCAUAAAGCCGGGCCAGCGAUAUCUCAUGCGUUUUGAGCCUAACAAUGAAGAUGAAGCCUUGCGGGCUCAAAAAGUGCGACUGGCGCUGAGCAGUGAGCCGUUAUUCCGUGAUCUGCCGGAGCUUCCUGAAAAUAUAACCGUAUUCGAUGUGCGCACGCGUUGCACCAGCACAACCAUUGCCUGGAACAGUUCCCCAGAUCAGCGCGCUCUCAGCUACUGUGUCAUCGUCUUCAAUCUGCCGCAACGCAGCGGCAUGGAUUAUACAAACUAUUGCAUGGACUUUGGAGCACUGCGAAUAACGCAGCAUCAGAAUUUCAAGUAUAUACGCUGUCGCGAAAAGCAGCCUAGUGCCAGCGAUAAACUGGAAAUGGAGACCAUAUUGAGUCUAACGCCUGGAGACAGCUAUUUGAUCUAUGUGACCGCCAAUCUAAGCAUGGGAAAGCCGCUGCCAUAUCAGACGCUAACGGUACAUAUGGGUAGCCAGUGCGUGGACCUGGAGUCGCAGGAGCAGCCCGAGUACUACUAGACGUAUGCGCAAUGCUCGAGUACUACUAGACGUAUGCGCAAUGCUGCGCUGCAGUCUGCAUUUGUCAAAGCAAAACUAUCCGUCGUUGUAAAGCUACCUUAUCCACUCAACUAAAUUUAAACUAAACUAUAUGCAGUACCAUAUUAUAUUAUAUAUAUUUAUAUAUAUAUACAUAUAUAUUUAUAACUAUGCGGGUUUUUGCGCUAAGCAUAAAAGACUAUAUAUUUAAAUCAAUAUGGCAAACGUAGCUAUAUGAAUGUUUGAGUGUAUGUGUGUGUGUUUGUCUGUGUGUGUGUGUGUGUUUGUGUGUGCUUGUGUUUGCCAACAAAUUCCAAGUAUUUUGAUUUCUUUUUUAUUCUUUCUUAAAUUUAGCCUAGCUUUAAAUGUUUUUGUAUAAUUGUUUACGAUUGUGCUUUGUGUGUGUUCAUUGUUUAAAAUCUCGCAUUGGUUUUUACAUUAAUAAUAGUUAAAGAUAAGUUUUAUUUAGCGCUAGGCUUUUGCUGUUAAGUUUAUCACAAUGAAAUUUUUGUAAUUUUUUACAUACAUAUUACAUUUAAUUUAGCUAAGCCUAAUUAUAUAUACAUAAUAGCUAUAAAUGUAUACUAUACAUAUAUAUAUGUGCAUACAAAUAUGUAUAUGCAUGCGUUGUAUUUUUUGAGGCGGAAAAUUACACAAUAUAAUAAUUAACUAAAUAAUGUGGACAAUAAAAUGUGCUAUGCAAGAAAUAAAA